AAAAAAAAAACUGAAUUUCGUCAUUGUGUUGAACUGAGAGCUUUUGUAUUAUUAUUAUUAUUAUUUUCGGUUCUAUAUCAACAAAAUCACGAGUUAUAAAAACGAGAGAAAGUAAAAUGGUUAUUAUUAAACAAGGAGCCGAGGCAAAAUUGUCGCUUGGUGAAUUUUGUGGUAAAAAAUGUUUGAUAAAAGAACGAUUUGUGAAACAUUAUCGACAUCCCGAUUUGGAUACUCACCUCACAAAAGAACGAAUGCGUGCCGAAUCGAAAACAGCAGCAAGAUGCGAAGCGGCCGGUGUGAAUGCACCACGUAUUUUACACAUGGAUUUGAAUGAACGAAAAAUUUACAUGGAAUAUUUUGAAAAAAGUAUCACUGCAAAGGCAUACAUAAAUGAUAUUGUGGCACAGCUCAAUGAACCAGCCGAGCAAAAGCAACGAAUCAACAAGUUGGCCGGUGAAAUCGGAACAUGCAUUGGAAAAAUGCAUGCCAACAAUUUGAUACACGGUGAUCUCACCACAUCCAAUAUUUUAUUGGAUCCAUUGGCGACAGACGAUGGCACAUUUCGUGAUUACAAAUUAAUUAUGAUCGACUUUGGACUAUCAAGUUUUAAUCAAAGCAGUGAAGUAAAAGGUGUUGACUUAUACGUUUUGGAACGGGCAUUGCUCAGUACACACAGCGACAUAACAUAUCUAUUCAAUACAAUUCUAGACGCUUAUAAAGAAGCCAAUACAGCCAAUGUCAUUGAAAUUAUCAAUAAAUUUGAAGAGGUUCGAGCGCGUGGAAGAAAACGCACCAUGGUCGGAUAAAUAAAAAAAUAUAUAUUU